AUGAAAGAACAUAUUGAAUCGAAGACAGAUCCACGUUGUUAUGCAGGUGUUUGUGAUUAUCAAUUGUCGAAAUAUGACGUCUCAUGUUUACCACUCGACGAAGAUAUAAUUACACGUUUAAUAGCACUUGUUACUACAGAAAGACGUCCUCAAUGUCCUCAAUGUCUUUUCUAUAUUGAGUUUCAAACGAUGACAGCAUUUCAACAACAUGCAAUGUCGUGCGAUGCAGACGACAUGGCUCCAUGUGAAUAUUGUCAAUGUCUAUAUAGAUUUUAUCAAUUGGAUGAACAUUCUCGAUAUUGUCGGAAUAUUUCAGAGCAGCAACGACAACAAGCAUUUAUAGACUUCAUCCUAUCGAAAUUGAAAUAUCCUUUUACACCAAUACAAGUUCGUUUUUAUAUCGAACGACAAAGACAAAAUCGACGAGUACUUGAUCCUCAUAAAAUGGUCGAUGUAUUAGCCGAAUUUGGUGCGUUCUCUCAUAAUGUUGAAAAAGAUAAAUUCCCACUUGAAGUGCCUACUCUUGACUGUGGUGUUUGUCUGGAAUCAUGUUCGUACGACGAUAUUUUCGUUUUCGGUUGCAAGGACGCUCACAAAUUGUGUUACAACUGCUUUGAACGAUCAUGUACAACUAAGAUGGAUAGUAAUGAAGUUCUUACGUGUGGUAUUUGUAAUUAUCAAUUACAGGAUGGAGAAAUUAAUCAACUGAGAGUAUCUCGAGAUCAAAAGAGGAAGUUUCAUGAGUAUCAAAUACAGAAGACAUUCAAUAAUUUUGUCAACAAUGCUCGUGGCCUCAUCAAAUGUCCAAAUCGAGAUUGUAAAUGGGUAGUGGAGGCACGAAACCCAAAUGAACGUUUUCGAGUCGUAUGUCGUUCUUGCACCAAUGAAUUUUGUUCGAUUUGUAAUCAACAAUAUCACUAUCGAACUACUUGUCAGCAAGUAACACAAAUAACACAACGAUGGUUUGUUUGGUGUAAUACAGAACGUGGCAAUUAUUGGAGAGUUCGAGCACAACAAGAUGCUACUUAUCGUGCUCAAUUAGACGAUUAUGAAAGACAGCUGGCGGCGAAUACUCAGAGAAACGAAGAAUUGCGUCAUCGUUACAAUAAUUUGAAAGCCGAUGAAGAUUUCAAAGCUCAGAAUUGUCGUCUUUGUCCAUAUUGUAAACGAGUCGUACAACACAUGGGAGGAUGCAGCAGCAUGGUCUGUGGUAGAAAUUAUCAUGGCGGUGAUCAGCAAUCAGGAUGUGGCAAAAAUUUCAAUUGGGAUGAAGCUCAACCUUAUGUACCAAUUACCAACACGCCUGUAGAACAAAUUAAAAACGACCUACCAUGUCCAGAAAAUAAACAAAGAGUCGUUCAUGCAGAUAUUAGAUGUGAUGGUUGUCACAACGAUGUUGAAGGCAUUCUGUUUUCUUGUAUUCAUUGUCCUUCGUUGAUCUAUUGUGAAAAAUGUGAACAACGAUGUACUCUGGCUCAUUCGGAAGAACUUCGGCAACAGAAAAAACAGCAACAUGUAUUUCAGCUGAUAACAACACCCGAAGUUUUAUAUACACGACGACGACGAUAA